AGGAAUGACGUCAUCAACUUCAAGGCUUUGGAGAAAGAGCUGCAGGCUGCACUCAUUGCUGAUGAGAAGUACAAACGGGAGAAUGCUGCCAAGUUACGGGCAGUGGAACAGAAGGUAGCUUCCUAUGAGGAAUUCAGGCAUGAACCUGGCUCACACCACUGUGCUCCUGUGGGCGUGGGGGAGCCUCCAGGCCUUUGAAAUAGUGGAGAAAGAGAACAUCUUUCAGAGGACCCCCUGCCCGGCUUUUCUGAUGUUUGACAAUGCAGCCUACCUGACCGACAUGAGCUUUGAGCUCCCCUGCCCCUGCAAGCCGGAGGAGGUGUCCGCUGUUGUCUGGUACUAUCAGAAGCACCUGGGCAGCAGCCACACGAAAGUGCUGACGGACUUUGAUGGGCGGGUGCUGACGGAGGCAGCACAGGUGCGCGUGGGCAGCGACAUGCUGGUCCGCUUCAGCAUCCGCAUGUUCAGCCUCUUGGUCUUCCGGGCGCAGCCGGAGGACUCCGGUUUGUAUUUUUGCGGCACCCGCAAGGGGGACUAUUUUUACGCCUACGACGUGGACAUCCAGAGCAGUGAGGGGAUGGUGGCUACCUUCAAGGACCAGGGCCAGGAGCCCUUAGAAGACGAGUACCACGGGAGCCUCCGCGUCUUCACCACCUUCUGGGAGUGGACCCCCUGCGACCGCUGCGGGGUGCGCGGGGAGCAGUGGCGUAUUGGUCUGUGCUACCUGCAGAGCCCAGACCUCUCUCCCCGCUACCGCAAGAUACUGCCCAACGUGGUGUCUUGCGGUUCGAGGGCUGUGCCCAGGCAGCUCAGGGCCAAGGCCAGCGACCACAACCCUGAGCUGCUGGUUCGGAGCUGCCUGAUGCCCUGCGAGAAGAAGAAGAAGGUCCAGGAGGGUGUGAUGGCCAUCUUCAACUAUGUGUCCAAAGUGGGCAGCCGGCCCUGGUUGCCCCAGGUGCCCAUUCAGUUCCACCAGCAGAGGCUGGGCCAUGGACUCAUCAUCUCCUGCCCUGGGGCCCGGCCAGAGCACGCCGUGGCCUGGGACAAGGACCACCAGUACCUCUACCGCACGCAGUACCUGAAGGGCGUCAAUGGGUCCAUGAGGGUGUUCAUCGAUCACGGCAACCAUCUCCACAUCCGCUUCACCCAGCUGGAAGACCGGGGCAUCUACUAUUGCUGGCGGCAGGGCGAGCGCAUUGCUGGGUUCCGACUGGGCGUGACAUCUCCAGGUCGCUACCCGGUCUCCUUCUCCGACCCCGAGACUCGGGCCGCCCUGGGGCUCAUUCUGAUAGGCUACAUGCUCAUCACGGUCAUCUUUAUCAGCAUUCACCUUUGUCGUUGCUGCUGUUACUUAUUCCGUUUUUGUCCCAACUUCUCCCCCAGGCUCUCUCGCCCCCAGCUCUGAAGACCAGCUGUGCUCAAAUGUGUUUGUUAAAUGGUACCAGAUGCCUCUGGUUGGGGGCGGGGCAUGCGAACCUGCCCCCCAUUUUCGUGAGCAAGCCUGGAACCUCAUCUGGGAAGCAGGGAAGCCUGAGCAGGUGGGAGAUGGGGAACUGAGUCCAGGAUGGAAGUAGUCGGAGUGCACGUGUCUUCUGAUUUUAUGCUUAGAGAAGGAAGAAGUGAACCUAAUAUUUAUCUGCUCUCUGGUGUUGACUGUGUUUGAUGUGCUUUAUUUUCUUGCCUUCGUGGAUUGCCAAGUGGGUGCUGUUUGAACUGAAGGUAGCAGAGAGAGGAAGAAAAGAGUUGGGGUACCUAGUAUAUCCUCUUUGUCUUCUUUCCCAGCCUCAUCCCGGGACCAUCAGGUAGAAGUGGUGAGUUUGGGAAUAAAGGUAGAGACCAGUACAGGAGAAAUGGGUGAGGAAAGUGGAGAGUGAGUUGAGGGCUUUCCUGACAGAUGGCACCCAGCCUGGGGCUGGAGGUGAGAAGAGGAGCCAGAAGCAAAGGCAGUGGGUGCAUGGGGCACCAGGGCUGGAGAGCAGAGCAGGGUUGGAGGUGGGAUUUGUCAUGUGGCCACUUCUGGGGAUGCUGGGGGCCCCAAGAUGAUCAGUGAUAAGAAGCAAGUUGUGUCUUGCCUGAGGCUACUUCCUGUCCUCUGCUCCAGCCUCAGCCUCCGCUGAACAGAUCAGAGUCCACUCUGGGGAAGGCCACAGCAGUUGUCUUUAUUUGUUGCAUUUAUGUCAGUGACUAAAGCCCGCAGCAAUGCCCCGAAGGUUAGCAGCAGUGGGUGGCAGGAGGGAAUGGGGGAAGGGUAUGCAGUCAAGUCCCUCUGACUUGGACGGAGAUGGGAACCCUGGAGUGGGCUUCAGAGCCCCACUUGUGGGCACUGAUCAUCUCAUGCCCACUAGUCUCCCUGUGAACAGCAGAACAGGUGCUCAGGGUGAAAGUGUCUGCCCCAAGCUUUCCUGCCUCCAGGCUGCAGGAACACAAACCAGUGUCUUCACUCUGCAUGGGCCUCAGGUUCCAAAUCAUAAAAUAAAGUGCUACCUAAAACAUGGGGAGGUGGGUAUGUUUUGUAUUUGACUAACAGGGGACUACAGGGGCCUUGGUUUAGGGAAGAGCAGUGAUCA